AUGACCGCUGUAGCCGGCCAGUUACUGAAUCGCACGGUUAAAUACCACAUUGAACGGAUUGUCAUGCGGGUGGCCGACAUUCCGAAGAACACCCAAAGUACUGUAGUGACCAAUCUGCAGAUUGGUCAAAUUCCUAAGGUGGUAUUCAUUGGUUUCCUGGACAGCGAAGAUUUUCACGGCAAUUACCAGAAAAAUCCAUUUAAUUUUCACCAUUUCGACGUACGGCAAAUAAGUGUGGAAGUGGAUGGACAAAGUUAUCCGACCAAACCAUACAAUGCUGAUUUUGCGAAAAAUCAGUCAUUGGAAUGUUACGAUGGGUUGCUGGAUGCACUGGGCGCAAAAAACCAUCCCACCGGAUGCUGGUCGGUCAAUCGUAAUGGCUAUAACGAAGGAUACGCUAUUUUUGGUUUUGAUUUGACACCUGGUCAUACGGGGCGUGGACCGUUGACUUUAAUCAAACAGGGAAAUUUAAGUGUGUCGGUGACCUUUGCAAAGUCACAUGCUAAAUCGCUGAUGAUGGUGUGCAUGAUGGUGUUUGAUAGUAUUAUUGAGUUUAACCAGCAUCGUCAACUGAUUGCGGACUUCUCAACAUGA